CUGGUUUGGGUUGGGGGGUUGGGGGGAGUCAGAGUUGCAAAGAAGAAACCCUGAAGCUCCAGCUUAGCCGCGGACCCCAAAGUCCAUUCAGUCAUCAUUGUGACUCUGUGCCUCUGGGUGUAUUUCCAUUUACCCCACCUCCCAAAGCAGUAAGAACAUAAAUAAAGCAUUAAAUGCCUUUGUUGUUACUGCGAGUCUUGCAGAGAGGGAGGCAGAGCUGGGGGUGGGUGGUUGCUUAUUUCUGCCGUGUCAUUCUGGUGAAGAGAAAAACCAUACAUUCGUAUUCCAUGCAGUGUGAGCUCAUGGUACCCCAGAUGCUUCUCCCAGCCAGCACUGGAUAUGAGGCAGCAUCUUCAUUGUGGGUUGAGUACAGGCUAUAGGAGCAAAUCCAGUUGAGCACAAGAGGAUCAUGCAUACUCUACACACAGUUAUACUCAAACCCACAUCUCUGGGGGUGUGAGGCAGCAAUUCUCACCCCAGAACUGUGUGUGCCUAUCUGGCCGCCUGACAACCACAGGACACGAGGCUGACCCUCGACAGCAUGCGGGUUACUACACAUUAAUGAACUCCGUCUGAACGCCGAUGAAUUGCGCCGAAAUGCGUGAGGCUGCUCGGGCGUAAAUGGUGAUCAGCAUGAGAAUGCAGCUGUGGGGGGGGAGGGCGUCUGCGCACCUCUGCGGGCGCCUGAGGUCGCAAUACUAGCAUGUAACCCUAGCUGUGUCCGCACAGGUGAAGCAAUCUGGAUAUAGUCCCUCCGGGCAGCUGCCUUUGCUAUUUCAGUCCGAGGGAGAGCGCCCGUCUGUGGGAGCUCGCAUUCUGGAAGGGCCUCUGAGAAGAAAGGCGAUCCGAGCGGCUAAUUUGGGACUUGUUUACCGGUUUUAAGGAUGGGUACCGCAAACCGUGUGCUCGAGUACAGCUGCUGGCCUGUACUCGGUGUGUAUGUAUCACUGCUUAUCACCGAGUCUGGUUAUGAAGAUUAUGUUUGUUUCUGUUGGGCCUGUUGGGUAUAGGCUGAGCGUUGAGUUCACAGCCCCACUGCACCUCUGGUACAAACAGUGACUCCUGAUACAGUGACUCCUGAUACAGUGACUCCCAGUUUAUGGCCCAGAGCUUGACAACUGCGUCCCCUGCUCCCCCCCCCGCCCCCCGGCCAUGUGUCUGAGGGCGGUGAGGUCACCACCGCGGAUGAUCAGAUGUUUGCCUGCUGUAUCAUUUAGGGCCGAUUGGCCCUGGGGGUGUGUUUGCGGGAGGUGGCAGCUGAGAGGAGGGGCUGGGGGUAGGUGGGAUGAGAGCGGCGCGUAACCGAAUGACUGACUGUAAUCGCGGCUGGCUGGAGAAGCCGUCACAUCGUCUAGCUGCCCUGAGCACCUCUCCCUCGAGCCCGGCCCCCAGCCCGUGCUGGCCAGCUUACUGCGGAUCAGCCCCUCCCCCCUCCAGGACUGCUCCACUCUGCUUGUGGUGACUCCAUGUAUCCGGACGAUAUUAGGAUUCGUAUGAUUAUUUUUAUUCUGUCAAGACACCAUGCUGGACACCAACCCCCUGCUUCGCAUUGACCCCGCCCCAUUGGGAGUGCCACGGCCAAUCAGAGACGGCCCUGAGAAGCGGGCCAUCCGAUUGGAUUAUGAGAGACAUGCCUGUCAGAGUCUCAGGGAAGUCCUUCAGCUGAAGCUUCAGCAGCGACGGACUCGUGAAGAGCUGGUCAGCCAAGGGAUUAUGCCACCCCUAAAGAGUCCGGCUGCCUUUCACGAGCAGAGGAGGAGCCUGGAGAGAGCACGGACUGAAGACUACCUGAAGAGGAAGAUCCGGAGUAGACCUGAGCGAUCAGAGCUGGUGAGGAUGCACAUCUUGAAAGAGUCGUCGGCUGAGCCCUCCCUGCAGGCCCGUCAGCUGCAGCUAAAGAGGGCGCGGCUCGCGGACGACCUCAACGACAAGAUCGCACAGAGGCCUGGGCCCAUGGAGCUAAUCCACAAGAAUAUCCUGCCCGUGCACAGCAGUGUCAAGCAGGCCCUGCUCGACUUCCCGAAGGGGGCGACGGAGAGCUCAUCAUUUGACGACGACAGCAGUGACGGCUUCUCGCCAAGCCAGCUGGGCAGCCAGGACUCGCCUCUGGGCUCUGGUUCCCAGCCCUCACCCCCGGACACGCUGAGCCUCGGGGUUGGUGACCCCUCCCCCACGCAGGCCCCACUCCCUGCCCAGCCUCCUCCUGCCCCACCGGUGCCCCCAUUGCAGCAGAAGCUGACAAAUGGAACUGCAACUCCCCCAGCCUCCCGGCCUUCACCCCUGCCAGUCAAGGCCCAGGGGAAAACCGGAUCUGACCGGGCCGCUCAGCGCUCUAAGAAACCCAAGGACAGCAAGCCCAAAGUGAAGAAGCUGAAAUACCACCAGUACAUCCCCCCCGACCAGAAGGUGGAACGCGAGCCACCCCCCCAGCUGGACUCCUCCUAUGCCAAGAUUCUGCAGCAGCAACAGCUCUUCUUGCAGCUUCAGAUCAUCAGCCAGCAGCAGCAGCACUACAACUACCACACCAUCCUGCCUGCCCCUCCCAAACCUCCAGCAGAACAGCAGUCAGCCUCCACUUCUGGCCCUUCUCCCUCUCGGGGUGGACCCACCCCUGCACUGACGACAUCUAGUGGGCCUCUCCGUCAGGCCCACCCCACCGUGGUGUUGCCUAAGCUGGGACCAUUGCCCCCUAAUUUGGAUGACUUCAAGGUUGCUGAGCUGAAGCAGGAGCUGAAGAUCCGGGGCCUGCCAGUAUCGGGUACGAAGAACGACCUCCUUGAGAGACUGCGGAGCUUCCAGGAGCAGAAUGGAGGCCCCGCCCCUUCAGGGGGCACUACUGGGGUUGGUGCACCAAAAUGCAGCCUACCGCAACAGCUAUCCCAGCCCGUCGGGCCCUCCCCCAUUCUGGGAGGGGCCACUGUCUUGCACCAAUCGGGAGGAGGAGGAGUGGUGGUGGCGGCUGCUUUCCCGUUUGUGGCGGCCAUCGCAGGAGGCGGAGCCGCACCGGUGCCCCCACCCCCCAUCAUGAAGUUCGGCAGCACAAGCUCGUCACCACCCGAGUCUCCCGCCCCCUCUGACCGUUCACUGGCUGGGAUGAGUCCAGAUGAAACCAGCAGUAAUGGAGAUACAUUUGGGGAUACGGUCAGCUCCCCCCUGACGCAGUUGAACCUCCACUCCUCACCGCUGCCGCCCACCGUGAUCAAGGACGAGGCCCCAGCAAUGUGCCGCUUCUCCCGCUGUCCUCACACCCUGGACAAGGACCAGAUGCUGCAGGAGAAGGACAAGCAGAUCGAGGAGCUGACACGCAUGCUGCAGCAGAAGCAACGGCUCGUGGAGACGCUGCGCUCGCAGCUGGAGCAGGGCAAGCAGGUGGGGGCGGAGCUGCAGGAGGUGCGAGUCAAACAGGAGCCCGAUGAAGGUGUGGGGGAGACCACAUGCUGUGCCUACGACUCGUACGUCCCCGACCUUAGCGAGGAUGACACCAUCCAGGUGACCAUUAAGGAGGAGGUAGAGGAUGACUUGGAUGACAUGCUGCCACAGGCAGACCUGCAGCUGGGAUCGUUCGACCAGCCGGUCGUCCUGCCACUGACACAGCAGCCAAUGGAAACCCAGCAGAGUAAGGUACCGCAGAUGCUGCAGCCGAUGGAGCCGCAGGCGCAGCGGUCAGUGGGACUGCAGCAGCGUCAGGCGCCACAAACACAUCGGCCAGUGGAAAUCCCGCGGCGUCAGGCGGCGCAGGCGCAGCAGCCAAUGGAGAUCCAGCAGCGUCAGACGACGCAGAUGCGGCAGCCAGUCGAAUUAGAGCACCAAAGGCAGCAGUGGCAGCAGGCACCUCAGGGGCGGCUGGUGCAGGAUAGACCAGCGAGUGCGGCGCACAAGAAGAAGAAGAAGAAGAAGAGGAGACCUCUGGAGGUAGAGGUGCAGCAGGUGCUCCCUGUAUUUGGGAGCCAGCAACCUGCCGUCUCUAUGCCUGCCCCCUCCAUCUCAUUGGGCAUCCUCAAGUCCCGCCCUCCCCCGACGCUGCUCAACAAUAGCAACAGCAACCACUUCCUGGUUGCACUUGGCAGUCGCGGUAAAGACGGCCAGGAGGGGGCGCUGUCACAGAGCAAAGGCCCUGGAAAUGUCAGUCUACAGAGAGUGCAGUCCACACCCACCAAACCCUCCAGCCAAUCGCCUCCCGCGACUGACAGUAACGCCCAGUCCAAGUCACAGUUCCAGCCAGGCCUCAACCAUCAGCUGGUGAAAAAGGGACUAAAGGUGGAGCUCCAGGUGUCCACCAACCAACGACAAGAGUCAAACAGCUCCCUCUCUGCUCCGCCCAACCUGCAGCCUUUCUUUCUCGGUAAUGAGCCCGCCCCCUCUGAUGAUCCCGCCCCCUCUGAUGAGCCCGCCCCCUCACCUCCCUCCCACAUGGUGGGUAUGUCUUCCGGUCUCGACGGGCACGCCUUAUUCGGACCCCUCUCCCCGGCUUUUAAGAAGCAGAGUCCCACGCCCCCACUGCACGACAAGGAGAACAACUCCAGUGAACAGAUGGCUAACUUUUUUGACAUCCUAAUUGAGAGUGGAGAAAUCCCUGCCAGCUUCAAAGACCCGGGGCUCUCCUGCCUUGACUCCAGGACCUUGCCCCCUUCACCUAGCCACUCCCCUCUACAUUUCUCAGCACCUGUGCCCCUUGAGCCCCCAGUCUCUCAGCACCCUUUGGAAGGGGAACCUCAGGCACCUGUUUCUGCAGAACAGGAAGUGGCUGGCACAGGAAGUGGCCGUCUGGAGGACUUCCUGGAGAGCACCACUGGAAAGCCAUUGCUGGGGGUGGAACCAGGAGGCCCGGUGACUUUGAUUGACGACCUCCAUAGCCAAAUGCUGAGCACUUCCAGCAUCUUGGACCACCCUCCUUCUCCUAUGGACACAUGUGAGCUCUCCUUCACCCCCCACUUUGGAGAGCCGGGCCUGGAUGGCAUGGAUUGGCUGGACAUCACCAUGGGAGUGGGGGCCAGCGGGCUUUCGGGUGUGCCCCCCCUAGGAUCUCAUUCACCCCCCAGUGUGUUUUCAGCAGACUUCUUCGACAGUACUGACCUGCAGCUUAACUGGGACACUUGCUUGUAGCUGUGUAACCGCCCCCCCCCCCCCCCCCAUCUUUGUCCUGCGCACAAGAACUCACAUUCAGCUGAAUCUAGAAAUAUCAGGUUCCAGCUGGUUUAGAUGCUUGUGGGGGGGGAGAGGGGCUGUUACCACCCUUAGUGUCUCUCUUAGAGUAAAACACUGAAAAUUUGAGCUUUAUUUUGUUUGCCCUACUUUACUCCUUUUACUGUACUGUAUCAGUACCCUGCCUCUAACACUUUUUUUUUAAAUGUCUCAUCGCUUAGCCGCGUUACAUCGGUGGCGAGCAGCCGUGACUGAGUGUAUCUACAGAUGCAUCUUUCAUAUGUGACACCUGUGUGACGGAUAUACCUCACGUGGGUAAUUUGGCUCCUUAGCACAUCUGCAAUAGGUUGCCAGCCUCUGCUCCGCCCCCUAGUGUUGAUCAGUGGGGUUGUGUCUGGAGGCUGCUGGAUGCAAAGGAACAGUCAGACACACACCUUCAGGGUCUCUGCCAGGGCAGCUCUGCCCCCAAGAGUGGGAGGGGCUGGUGGGCCAUUGUCAUCAUGCAGCUGCUUGGUACCUGGGCCCAGCAGCCCUCCACCUGAAGACAGACCUGCACCGAGGACUUUAGUCAUUUGGAUGUUUUUUUUAAAGAAAAAUUAUUAAAGUCUUUAUGUUUCACCUGGA